AUGGCUGAGGAGCAACAUGAAUUCACGACCGAGGCCGCCGGCGAUGCCGGUGCGUCCGCCACCUAUCCCAUGCAGUGCUCUGCUCUGCGGAAGAACGGCUUUGUCGUGAUCAAGAACCGCCCUUGCAAGAUCGUCGACAUGUCCACCUCCAAGACCGGCAAGCACGGUCACGCCAAGGUCCAUCUCGUCGCCCUCGACAUCUUCACGGGCAAGAAGCUGGAAGAUCUCUGCCCUUCCACCCACAACAUGGAUGUUCCCGUCGUCAAGCGCCAGGAGUACACUCUGAUUGAUAUCUCCGAUGAUGGCUACCUGAGCCUGAUGACUUCCGACGGCGACACCAAGGAUGAUGUUAGACUGCCCGACGGUGAAGUUGGUGAGAAGAUCAAGAAGCUCUUCAAGGAGGAGGAGAAGGAGACUCUCGUCACCGUCCAGACUGCCAUGGGUGAGGAGGCUGCCAUUGACGCCAAGGAGGGUAACAAAUAA